CGAAACUUGUUUAUUUCGUAUCGGAAGAGUUUAUUCGUAUCAGAAAACUUGUUUAUUCGUACUGAAAGAGGUUAUUCGUUUCAGAAAACUUGUUUAUUCGUACCGAAAGAGUUUAUUCGUAUCAGAAAAUUUGUUUAUUCGUAUCGGUGUUUGCUGUUGAACGCGAGAUUAUGGUUUAACGUGAACAAAAUGGAUGAAAAUUCAAUGCAAUUCGCUGUGGGAGAUCAUGUGUUCGCUAUGCAAAGCAUCAGUCAUUUACAUCAUGGCAUCGUCGACGGAAAAAAUACAAUCACUCAUUUCAUAAGCCAUCUAGAUGGUCACUGCGAAAGCAAUGGUCUCGUCCAGCAGAUCGCUGUUUCAGAUUUCGUGAAAGAUUAUCCAUUCGGGGUGUACAAAUAUGGCGUACCCGAAGGCACGGACAACCUUCAAUGGCCUGGUACCUACUGCGCACAGGAGUGCGAAGGCACUGAGAAAGUGCUGGAGCGUGUGACCGAGUGUCUUAAAAAUGGAUUUGGAGAAUAUCAGAUCUUGGGUAAUAAUUGCGAAGAUUUUGCUUACUACUGUAAAACUGGUCAGCGGCAGCAGUCCAAUGCUCAACUGCAGGCCACAAUGACGAGGGUCGCGGCCACACGAAGUGCUCUAGAAGCUGGUCAUAAAAAUCCGGUUGUAUUAGCCGGCUGUUUGUUCGGUUGGUUUAAUGCAAGUGAUUUUGGAAAAACCCAAGAGACAUUAAAUGAAGAUAAGAAAAAUGAACAAUAGUAGACGUAGUAGCUUAGACGAGCGCAAUAAUUUUUACAGUAUUAUGUAAAUAUAAGCAUUAUAUAAUUACCCCAUACUUUAUAAACUUGACGUUUAGCUAUGUAUAUUCAAAGACAACAUAAUUAUUACGUAAAACAGAAUUUGCACUUGUAGAACAAUUCCGCGUACUACCUGCUUGCGUAGACAAGUAUAUAAAUGUUCACACAAUAAGCGGGCAGUGCUCCGAUUUUGAAACUAAAAACCGAACUACCCAAGUUGUCCAAGUUGGCAGAAAAAGUAUUAAUUACCGUGUAAAAAUAGAUUGAUUA